AUGGCCAUCAUGGCGACUUGCGCAUCACCGGGCAACCCCGGCGAUUUCGCCUUCGGCCCGGUGGUGGACUCUUGCGUUCGCAAAUUCGACUUCACACUCUUGUUCGAAGACACGAUUUUGUCGAUUCUCCCAUCGUCGAUUUUCAUCCUCUUGGCGGCUUUGAGGAUAUUUUCCCGCCAUUCGGUACAACGCAAAGUCGCAGGCAACACCUUUCGCCUUUUCAAACUGGCUCCGAUUCUGGUUCUCACUGCCAUCUCCGUCGCCCUCACCGCACUUUGGGCACGUGACGCAGAUCUUACGCUGAACAAGAAAACAGCCGUCGCCGCCGCUGCCUUAACCAUCCUAGACGGCAUCUUCUUGGCCGCCCUGUCCUUCACAGAGCACUCUAGAUCCCUCGGGCCCUCUCUGCUGCUGAGCGUAUUCCUGGUACUGUCCACCAUCUUCGAUGCCGUUCGCCUCAGAACCCUGUGGGUGAAAUCGGUCGGGACCCCAAUCGUCUCGCUCUCGACCGCGGCCUUUGCCCUCAAAUUUGCGCUUCUUGUGCAGGAGGAAGCCAGCAAGCGACGGUGGAUCAUCGACGACGCGAGCGAGUAUAGUUCAGAGGAGACCGCUGGACUGUUCAACCGCGUUGGGUUCCACUGGCUCAACAGUCUGCUUCGCAAGGGAUACUCCUCUCCGCUAUCCAUUGCCAAGCUACCCGUCAUUGACAGACAGCUUCUGUCUGAUUCUCUGUGGGACCGUGUCGGGCAAAAGUGGAAGGCCUCCCCCAAGCAGGGAAACAAUGCUUUGCUUGGAGUCAUCUUCUCGGCUUUGAAGUGGCCUAUACUGGCGCCUGUACCCGCCUACAUGAUCCUCAUCGGGCUCCAGCUCGCACAGCCGUUCAUGAUCAGCACCAUCAUGGCCUACCUUGCUUCCCCUAUUGACCAUACUGAGGACCAGAGAAACAUUGGAUACGGUUUGAUUGGAGCUUAUGGCUUGGUCUACAUCUGCAUUGCGGUUGUGACUGCCGGAUGCCAGCAUCUCGUCUUCCGCUACGCCACCAUGAUGCGCGGCUGCCUUGUGCUCUUGAUCUACGAGAAGACAACCUCCAUGAGCAUCACCAGUGCUGAGGAAGCUGCCGCAGUCACCCUGAUGAGCACCGACAUUGAAAGAAUCGUAAACGGCAUGUCCAAGAUCCACGAGAGCUGGUCAACCCUGCUUCAGAUGGCCGUAGCUCUCGCUUUGCUGUACAGAGAGCUCGGAGUCGUGUUUAUCGUUCCUCUUGUCCUGUUCUUGCUUUGCGCAGUGGGCGCGGGAGUCUUGUCCGGUUCCGCUGGGGCUUUCCAGGCAUCCUGGAUGGCGGCUAUCCAAAAGAGAGUUGCGGUCACUUCUUCUGUUUUGGGAUCUACCAAAGGCGUCAAACUAUCUGGAUUCACCGACAAGAUGUCCCAAAUCAUUCAAGACCUUCGCUUGAAGGAAAUCGCGUCAGCAGCAAAGUUCAGAACCAUGCUGCUCGUCAUCGUCACUCUGUCUUAUGCCCCUGGAUCCAUCUCCCCGGUGGUGACAUUUGGCGCAUACACAGCCAUCGCACAAAAGGAUCAUACUACCCUAGACUCGAACCGCAUUUUCACGUCCCUCGCCCUCCUUACUCUCGUCACACAGCCCUUGAACGAGCUGUUCGCGCACCUUCCCAAUAUCUUUGCCUCCAUUGCCUGCUUCGGCCGCAUCCAAGCCUUCCUUCUAUCCCCGGAGACGUCCGCCAAGUCGGACGCCCGCAGUCCGUCGAGCAAGCUCGGCAGCACCUCCUCCAUCAGCGAAUCGCAGAGCGGCUCGUCGGUCCGCCAAGAGUCCGAGAAGCAGGCUACUACAACGGUGACCUCCAUUUUGGACCCUCUGGUCAGUGGAAACGCCAUUGAGAUACGCAAUGCCAAGUUCGGAUGGAAAGCGGAUGCGGAUCCGGCCCUGACUGACCUCACGUUGGACAUCCCACAUGGGAAGCUCACGAUGAUUGUCGGCCCCGUUGCCUCUGGAAAGUCGACUCUCCUGAAGGCCAUCUUGGGCGAGACCCCGGUUGCAGAGGGAACCAUUAGCCGGUCAUCUGACAGCAUCGCCUUCUGUGACCAAGUUCCCUGGCUAACAAACGAGACUCUCCGUCGCAACGUCACUGGCUUCUCUCACUUUGAGGCGUCUUGGUACAGUACCGUUAUCAGAGCUUGUGCCUUGGAGGAAGACAUUGCGACCUUCCCGGAUGGCGACCAGGUAAUGGUUGGCAGCAAGGGCGUUACGCUCAGUGGUGGUCAGAAGCAGCGAGUGGCAAUUGCCCGUGCCGUCUAUUCCCGACGUGACUUUAUCCUUUUCGACGACGUCUUCAGCGGCCUCGACUUUGAGACGCAGACUCGCGUCUUCAACAACCUCUUUGGAACAUCUGGCCUGUUAAGGCAGAGCAAUAUCACCGCACUAUUCGUCACCCAUGCUGUGCACAUUCUUCCUCAAGCAGACUACAUCAUCACGCUUGACCAGACCGGCACAGUCGCUUCUCGCGGAACAUUUGCGGAGCUCAACAAGCAGCCUGGCUAUAUCAGCAAGUUCGGUCUGAUCACGAAGGAAGACGCGAUCCAGCGCGACGCCAUUCAAGAUAACGGGAAAUCAGCAUUCCAGCCUCAGCAGAAACAGACGGCCGCAGAUAGCGCUGUUGAUGAGGAGACACAGCGCUUGGGUGAUCGUUCGGUCUAUAAGUACUACUUCGAGGCAACUGGUCCCCGCAGUGUCAUCAUUUUCUUCGUCCUGCAGAUUAUCUGGGUUUUCCUGACGAAGUUCCCUGAAAUUUGGCUUUCUUGGUGGGGUGAGGCAAACGACCGGCAUCCUAACCAGGAGGUCGGCAAGUACAUGGGCGUUUAUACCGCGCUUCAGGUCCUCUCGCUGGUUGCGUUGGCAGUGGUCUGCUGGCACACCGUACUUGGCAUGGCCGUGACCUCUGGUGUCAAGCUUCACUGGAUCCUGCUCGAGAAGGCUCUCCGCGCGCCUCUGUCCUUCUUCGGCACAACGAACACUGGCUCCAUCGUCAACAGGUUCAGUCAAGAUAUCCAAUUGAUUGACGCCGAGUUGCCAAUCGCUCUCCUCAAUGUUGCUGCCAACGGACUCAUUUGCAUUGCUCAGGCUUUGAUGAUCAUUCCCGCAUCUUAUCAGCUUAUUGCAGUCUUCCCGUUCCUCGGCGGCGUUCUCUGGAUCAUUCAAAGAUUCUACCUGAGGACUUCGCGCCAGCUCCGUUUCCUAGAGCUCGACGCCAAGGCCCCCAUGUACUCCCAAUUCCUUGAGACUCUGAGUGGCCUGUCCACAAUCCGCGCCUUCGGCUGGCAAAAGGACUUGACGACCCUGAUGCGAGACCGCCUAGACACCUCGCAGAAGCCAAUGUACCUCCUCUACAGCAUCCAGCGCUGGCUCACCCUCGUCCUCGACCUCACCGUCGCCGCUCUCGCCGUCGUCCUCAUCUCCGUCGCCGUCGCACUGCACGGCCGCGUCGGCGCGGGCUUCGCCGGUGUCGCCUUGUACAACAUCAUGGGUCUCAGCAGCGCCAUGAAGGCGGCCAUCACCGUCUGGACUGUUCUCGAGACUUCCAUCGGUGCCGUCGCGCGCGUGAAGACCUUUGCUGAACAGACGCCCGCCGAGAGCGAGGCCCCGGAGCCGCAGACGCCACCAGAGUCUUGGCCUGAGAGCGGAGCGAUUAGCUUCAACAAUGUCAGCUCUUCGUAUGGUGAGGCCAUGGACCCCGUUCUCUCAUCGGUUUCCUUCACCGUUUUGCCUGGUCAAAAAGUCGGCAUUUGCGGUCGGAGCGGAAGUGGGAAGAGUUCUCUCCUUCUCACCCUCCUUCGCCUCAUCGACUGCAAUGAGGGUCAGGUCCUCAUCGACGGUGUUGAUGUUGCGACCAUGCCGCGGGAGGUACUACGUCAACGCCUGAACGCGCUUCCUCAAGAACCUCCCUUUUUCAACGGCAGUGUGCGCCUCAACUGCGAUCCCGAAGGCACGACUUCGGACGAGAGCAUUUGUGAGGCGCUUCGCGCUGUUUGCCUCUGGGACGUAAUUGAAGAGAAGGGCGGACUCGACGCAGACUUCACGGAUGACUUCUUCUCCCACGGCCAGAAACAGGUCUUCUGCCUGGCGAGAGGUAUCCUACACCCAUCAAAGAUUGUGGUCAUGGAUGAGGCUACUAGCAGUGUUGAUGUCGACACGGAGAAGAAAAUGAUGACUGUCAUUCGGGAACGGUUCGCAGACGCGACCAUCAUCUCGGUGGCUCACCGCCUCGACACCGUUCUCGACUUUGACAAGAUUAUCAUUCUGGAGAAGGGCGUCAUUGUCGAGGAAGGCUGCCCUGCAGAGCUUCUCGGCCGCGCGUCUGCGUUCCGAACACUCUACGAAUCCUUCCACAGCUAG